CAAUCCAGAACAAAGCCUUGUCUGUAGUGUUCGUAGAAAUUGUAUCGUUUGAGCAACAGAAAUUUUGGGGAUUCCAUCAAUGUCGGACGUACAAUCGUAAAUUAUUUCAGAAAAUAAACUUUUUACAAUAUAAAUAAGAAUUCGCGCGGCAAAUAACAGACAUUGAGUGUUGACUGCGACCUAAGGACAACAUCAUGGCCUUCUCCACACAAAAGGAGUUCUUCCAUGUGCCCUUUAAGAACACCACGACCCCGAACCGUGAGUGUCAGACGUGUGUUAAACUGAAGAGCUAUCCAUCAACGAUCGAUGAUCGGUCCUGGUCGGCAAACGAAAACCAGAAGUCUCGCUUCGUGGCUGAGCUGGUGGCCUGCAACGCACCUGGUGGUGUUGGUGGUGCUGGUGCUAGUCGUGGCGAUGAUUCGCAGGGCAAGGGGCCGUCUGGCGGUAAGGAUGGAAGUAGCAAAGCUGGUCAGCAAGUUGCGGCUGCCCCUGGUGCACGCGGAUCCGGACGCGUAAGCGACGCUGGCGCACAAAGAGGCGAUGGAGUCGGGGGAUCUGGAGGAUCCGGUGUCCAUACCGGCGCUCCCUCAAGCAACGCUAGCAGACGCGGAAGCAAUGAUGAGCUACAGCCAGCUGGCUCUGGCACUGGCUCUGGUGCUGGUUCUGGCCCUGGUUCUGGCCCUGGUGGACGCGGAAGCAGCGCUGGCGCUGGCUCUGGUGGACGUGGAAGCAAUGCUGGAGCACAACGGGGCAAUGGGACCGGAGGAUCUGUAGGAUCGGGAGGACCUGGAGGAUCUGGAGGACCUGGAGGAUCUGGAGGAUCCGGUGGAUCCGGAGCCAAUACUGGCGGUCCCGGAAGCAGCAGUAGCGGACCCUUGGUACAGCGAAGUGCACCCACGGAUGAGUACGGCAGCAAUCUGGUGGUAGGCGACAGCCUAAUCAAUGCAGCCGGUAACACGCUGAGUCGCAUGGAGAGUCUGAUGAUCAAAAACAACAUUCUGAAGGAAAAGCUGGCCAGCUCAAACGAGCAACUUAAGACGGCCAAGGAGGAGUCGGCCGAAAUCAAGCGUAUUAUGGGCCAGCGCUACGAUCCAGAUAAAAGCAAGGCCCUGAAGAGGAAGGUGAAGGAGCUGGUCGACGCUAACAAGAUCGAUGCCAAGGAUGAGCAGGAGCUGAAUGAUUUGAUGAGGGCCAUUGACGACAUGAACAAGGCCCACGAUAUCCUCGAGGCCGAAAAUGCCAACCUCAAGCGCCUCAUCGACAAGCAGUCGAAGCGCUGCAACUUGGAGAGCGUCCAGAUCGAGCCCGAGAAGAGCACCGACAUACCCUAUCUGCAGAACAAGAUUGAAAAUUUGGGCAAGGAACUGGUCCUGCUGCGCCAGGCCGAGGACGAGUACAUGAAGGCUGCCGGCCACCAGUCUGGUAGCAAGUAUUCGUUCUCGCCCGAAAAGGACGUCGGCAACAUUCAGAAGAUCUUGGCGGAGCGAGAUGCCCUGCGCAAGAAGGUCAAGGCCCUGGCGAUGCUCAACGAGACGGUCAACAAACUGAAGGACCAGGCCGAGACAGCCCAUCAUGUUAAUGGCGACCUCGAGGAUAAUCUUAAACAGCAAAAUCAAUAUAUCAACGACAUCCAGCAGGAGAUGGAAGACAUGCAGAACUUCUACGAGGGCGAGGUGGACAAGGCCAAAGGAAUCGAGGAGAUGCUCCUGUGCCGCUGCAACGAGAUGAAGAAGCAACUGGCCGUCGUCCAGACCACCGUCCAGAAGGCCGACUGCAACGCGAUGGAGAUCGAUGUGCUGCGCAACGAGCUGCGCAAGCGGGACGCUGCCCUGAGCGCCUACGGCAUCCAGUACGAGCAGCUGAUGAACGUCGUCUGUGAGCUGAAUCAGAAGUACGGUGACCAGCGGGCCGAAUGUCAGCCACUUCCAGAGAAGGCGACAGCCCCCUGCGGUGGCGGUGGCGAUAUGGACGCUGAUCUGGCCGUCUACACGGAAGCCACUCUGGACCACAUCAUGGGCGAGAUGUCGAAGCAAGGGAACAGCUUCCAAGAAAUGAACCAAGCCAACUAUCCUGGUGGCACCCAAAUCAAUACGCUGGAAGACUGCACCCGCGAGUUGAAUCGCCUCAGGAACUUGCUGAAGAAUAAGGACGGCCAAUUAGAGGAGCUGAUCGAUGAGAACGAGUGCCUCUGUGAGGCCGCCGAAGAGGACAGAAGGAAACUAAAGGAAUUGGACAAGCAGAUCAAACAACUCGACAAUGAAACUAAAGUCAUGGAGGAGAGCUUCGGCGAGAGCAUUGGCCUCAUUAAGGACAUCGGAGAUGUGGCCGAGGAAAACGAAAUGCUCAAGAAUCAAGUGAGCCAGCUCAAAGACAGCGAGGCCCAGAAGCUCUUCGAUGAUCUAAGCAAGCAGCUCGAGGACUGCAAGAAGAGGGCUCAAGAGCUCGAGGAGAGAAACAAAGCUCUGGACGUGGCCCUCAAAAAACUGGGUGGAGAUCCGAAUGCCAUCGAGAGAAAAGAUGAAAGCAAAGAUGCAGCAAAGGAGGCCAAGACACCUGACGGCGCACAAUUGGAUGGAAAGCCCGGAGAAGACAAAGAGAAAGGUACAGGUCAAGGAAAACUUGUAGAAGACGGAGAAGCUGGUGGAAAAGGAAAAGAUAUAACCGGAAAAGACGUCGAAGACAGUGGAAAAGGGAAAAGAAAAGUCGAAGAAGACAGUGGAAAAGGGAAAGUAAAAGCCGGAGAAGACGAUGAGAAGGAGCUGAAGAAAGCCGGAGCUGCCGAUGAAAAGGGAAAAGGAAAAGCCGGUGCAGACGAUACGGAGGGACCGAAAAAAGCCGGAGCAGCCGAUGAAAAGGGAAAAGGAAAGACCGGUGAAGACGAUAAGGAGGGGCUGAAAACAGCACAAGAAGCCGAUGGAAAAGAGAAGGGAAAAGCCGGACAAGACGAUGGAAAGGGGCAAGGAAUAGCCGAAAAAGACGAUGGAAAGGGGGCAGGAAAAGACGGAGGUGCCGGUGAAAAAGAGAAAGGAAAAGCCGGAGUUGACGAUAAGAAGGCGAUUGGAGCAGCCGGUGGGAAAGGAAAAGUCGUAAAGGAGGCUGUCGUCUCGGACACAGAAAAAAGUGGAAAGUCGGGACCGGGAUCGGGAGCGGGAUCGGGAGCAGCAUCCAAGCCCGGUGGCGGUCGUAAUGCCGGAAAAGAUACUGGCAAUAAGGGACGACCCGCAGGAAAGGGCCAGAAAAAGGGCUAUAAAGGAUCCGACAUAGAGGGAGCAGAAGAACAAUUCGACGAUUUUGUGCGGAACACGGUUAAAACUUUGUCAGCUGGCGAGAUCGACGGCUGUGGGUUGGAAGUAGAGCUGCGUAAAAUCCUCGACAUGUUCGUCGAAGAGUGCGGUUUUUGCUUUUGUAAGUGCAACAUACCCAACAGUCGCUUCUACGCCAUCUGCCACAAGCUCUAUCAUCGUGGACUGACCUCACUGAGCUUUGCCGAGCUGGCCUACAUCCAUAAGCGAAUCUAUGCUGCGGCCGAGUAUAUUCUACCGGGCUGCCUGUUCAACACCCUGCUUCGCGAGGUGACUGCAAAUGAAUGCCCCGAGCGAAAGGUAUGCACCCCCAACCCACCACCGCAGUCGAAGUGCUUCUGCGCUCCCAAAGAGGGUAAACUAUUGAAAAAGGUGAUGCGCUUGGAGAGCGACAUUGAAAACGCCAAGGUGUGUCUGAAGCAGCUGAAGAAUUUGCCAAAAGUCUUUUCUCCUCCCAAAGGUCGCAUGUGCUCUGGAGGGGACUUUUCUCCCAAGGAGCAACAAGAUGGUCGUUUAAAGAAGUUUAAGGAGCUUAAGAAGGAGGAAUUUCUACAUAACUAGAUGUUAUGUUCAAUCACGUUAAGUUACUUAUUUAAGCUUUGAAUCUAUGCAGUCCCCAUUACAAAAAUCAGUUGUGAAAGUUAGUUGGAAUUAUAUUAUAUAAAAAGCAAAAAUGAA